CCUGCUAGCAGUAAAAGGCAGCCAAGAACCUCCCAGGCUUUCAGAUCACAUUAACCUCAUCAGUGCUGCAGGCGCUCCUGAGUUUUCUGCUUCAGUGUCUGUUAAAGGUGUCUGAAGAGUGAAUCUUGAGGGAACAGCUGGACAAGCGUCCUUAGCUACCUUGCACUUUUGCUGUUUUAGCAACCUCGCUACAUAAUAGCCGUGCUGUCCACUUCAGAAUGUGGUUGCUGGUGUUUUUGGUGUCGUUCCUGGUUUGGGCAGGUGGUACGUUUUGGUACCUGUUUGGCAGACGAAGCCCUUUCACAGUGGAAUCAGUCAGGCCUCCAGAACCGAUGGAGCUUGACCAGAAGAAAAGAGACAAAGUUCUGAAGCAAGGCUUCACCAGGGAGAAGGUGCCACAGAAUCUGGAUGCAAUCGUGAUCGGCAGUGGGAUCGGUGGGAUGACGGCAGCAGCUACGAUAGCCAAAAUGGGCAAGAGAGUCCUUGUGCUGGAGCAACAUGACCAGGCUGGAGGCUGCUGCCACACCUUCAUCGAGAAAGGCUUCGAGUUUGAUGUCGGGCUUCAUUACAUCGGUCAGCUGCAUGAGAACAGCUUCUUUAGGAUUGUUAUGGACCAGAUCACUGAAGGCCAGCUGCAGUUUGUGGAGCUGGACAAGCAUUUUGACACCAUCAUCAUUGGCACUGGAGAAGAACGGAGAAAAUACACCAUCUACACGGGCAAAACUGAGAUGGAGGAACAUCUCAAGAAGCAGUUCCCCAAAGACGUCAAAGCUGUGGAAGAGUUCUUCAAGAUCAUGAAGAUCUCAGCCAGAAAGACCUCUUUCUUGGCUGCACUGAAGCUGGUUCCCCAGUGGUUGGCGCUGUUCCUGCUGAGGAGCGGCAUCGCUGACCUCUUGUCCUCCGUCUUCCGUCUCAUAGGCUCCAGUGCAACAGUGGUGGCUGACAGCUUGACCUCCAACAAGGAUCUCCAAAUUAUCUUUGCUUACUUCUUCUAUGGUGUUCCUCCAAAAGAUUCCAGCAGCCUCAUCAACGCCCUGCUUCUGCACCACUACAAGCGUGGAGCGUACUACCCAAAAGGGGGCGCCAGUGAGAUCCCAUUCCACAUCACUAAGGUCAUCCAGAAAUACGGGGGAAAUGUUCUGGUCCGCGCUCCUGUAACUCGCAUCCUGGUCGAUAGUAAAGGAGCUGCAUACGGCGUCUUGGUCAAGAAAGGUCAGGAGGAGGUGGAGGUGCGGGCUCCUAUCAUCAUCUCCAACUGCGGAGUCUUCAACACCUUCAAGAGGCUUCUGCCUCCAGAGAUACAAGCCAAACCAGAGAUUCAGAAGAGGCUGGACAUGAUGAAGCCUGGACGAGGAUCAUUUUUAGUUUUCUCAGGUUUUGACGCCACUGCAGAAGAACUGGGCAUCAAUUCCACCAACCUCUGGCUCUUUGAGAAUAAUGACAUGGAUGCCAUGAUGGACGAUUUCUUCAGUUUGGAAAAGGACGAGGCUCCAGAUAACAUCCCCAUGAUGUUCAUCACUUUCCCCUCCGCCAAAGACCCCACGUCGAAGAUUCGUCACCCAGGUAAAACGUGCAUGACUAUUCUGACUAUGGUCAAUUACGAAUGGUUUGAGGAGUGGAAGGACACUACGGUGAAAAAACGAGGGGAUGACUACAUGGAUUACAAGAUGAGAUUCGCCAACAAUCUCUUCGACUGGGCCUGUAUGUACUUCCCCAAACUCAGAGAGAAGUUGGUUUUUCAAGAGGUAGCGACUCCACUGACUAACAUGCACUACCUCGGAGCUUACCGCGGAGCCAUGUAUUCAGCCGAGCACAACUUGGACCGCUUUCACGUAGAGGUCAUGGCCAAGAACCGCUGCGACACUCCUGUCAAAAAUCUCUUCAUUUCAGGUCAGGAUGUGUUCAGCUGCGGUAUCGCCGGCGCAUUACACGGCGGUCUUCUCUGUGCCUCCAUAGCGCUUGGACACAUCGUUUACAUUGACCUCUUGCUGCUCAAGAAGAAGCUGAAGAGGAAGAAAGCUAGAGAGAUGGCUGCACUCGCUAAGAAGAAGCUGCAGUGAGAUUAAAAAUCACAGGCCCAGCAGAUUAGAAGUGCACAUAUAAUUAUAAUAUUAUAUUAUAUAUAGCAUUAUAUCUAUUGAUAUUUAUUAUAUAUAUAUUAGUAAUAUCAAUAUAUAAAAAAAACUUACACUUUAAAGAGCAAAUUGAAAUGAAACAAUGACAGAUGUUGUUUGACUCUUAGGAACUGUCCUGGAUUAACAAUUGUGCUCUUAAAAAAGUAAAUAUAACCAAUUUUGUGUCAUUUUUUUAACAUAUUAAUAGCUAUCCUACAAAAUAAUAAUGAGUGAGUGAGUUUUAUUGAAUUGUAUGCAAGAACUGCCAUCGACCUUAACUACUCAUAAUUUUUCAUAGAAAUUUGUGAAUUUGCAACUGAUGGUUUCUACUGAAAUAGCUGAAAUAGUACUUUUAGAUUAUUGAAAUAAAUGCCAAUAAUCCAUUAUCGGAAAUAAAAUAAUAAAAA